AAUCUAUAGAAAUUUGAAUAACGAGCAGACUAGUACCGCCGAAGGGCAAAUACGCACAUUAUGGUGUCAACCAUAAUUAGCUUUCAAUUUCGAUUUUAGCCAAGGUAAAUAUUUUACCCGAACUUCUGUUCUUUGUAAAAUUGUUACCAGGUCUUCUCGAGAGUAAAAGACAAAGAACGCUGUCAUAGGAAAGUGCUGGAUUCUCGCUGCCCACAAGUUGACAAACAGAGCUUUACAAACUCGCAGUCAUGUAAAUAUGACUCAUGGCUCUUCUGUUUACUCCCACGCCUUGAUUUCCGAGAUAAUUUCUCACCGAAGCGGAAAUCCACAAGCCCUUGUAGCGCAAACAGCCAGCCACGAAUAUUCCAAAGCGACUGUGCCUAUCUCGGCUUGCCCGUACAUUGACUGCGAUACUAAAGUGCGGUAAUCUGUUUGUUUGAUUGGACACUUCUCUUUAGAUCUGGUUUGUAAUAACAGUAUUAGAGACACUGCUUCACUUGAGACCUUUGUUUUGGUGUAACAAAGCGAUUUCCAAUGAAGCCUACGAUGGUUUUGACUGACGAAGACAUCCAACGAAUUAGAGAGUCUUUGGCUAAGACACUCACACCUCGUCAUAAAAUUGUUAUCGCCCCAUGCUUGGCUGAGGUAUUAGUUUACAAGAUUCGGCUCAGCAUUCUACGACGACCAACUAAAGAGAAAUGGAGUACUGUCGGCCGAGGAGUAAUUGCUUUAAUCUACAAUACCGACAGCCUUGGCCAAAGGAUUGAAGUCUGUUUGACCUCCCUGAAAACACGCGCAGUUGUGUGGAAAGAGACGGUAGUUGCAGACUUAACAAGGAUCGAGUCACCUCAGCCAACUUUUCACACUUUUAAUAGUACUAAAAACUUUAAUGAAAAGGCCGGGAUUCGCUACGAAAAUGAAACAAUUGCGAGACUUGUUCUUCGGGCUCUGAGCGUGUUUUCUUCUCAAUCAAAAUCGCUCAGUAAAGAUGCAUCAAAAGUAUCUGGACAUAAGCCGGCUUCAAGGUCACACUCGUUCAAUGUCGCCCCGAGACCAAGGCAUCCUCGCGCUCACGAAUCUGCUUUUGAAAGGUGUACAGUUGCCUUAUCGAAUAUUCAGAUACAGCAAGUGUUCAGCACCGAAGGACGACAAUUAGCCGAACGACAAACAGCGACACUGUUUGAAGGAAAGACUGCGUCGCAAGAAAACAAUCGACGUCUCGUCUCUAUAACUGAGGGGUGCGAGAAAACCAUGAACGACAUCAGCCGCUUUGAAAACCCAUCCAACAAACUUUUCACCUGCCAACCGCGGCCCGUGCACCGCAGUUUAAGUUUGGUAAGGCGAUGUACAGAACCUGUGUUUAAGAAAAGAGACUUGAUGGUCACCGAUUUAUGUACAACCGAACUUUAAAUAAGUUGAAAUCCCUUAGGAAAAAUAGAAACGCUAAAUAUGAACGACAGAAAUUUUAAACGCUGCCAUGAAAUAUGUUGUGACGGUACUGAUGUAAGUUCAAGAGCUUUGAUUUGUUAAGGAGUACAUUGCGUUGUCGACGGCGUGAAAUUUAAUAUUCAAAAUAUGAUCAUGUUAAACUCUGCGUGAAUGGAAACCUAGAAGACUUCAUAAUGCAGAAAAGAUUAACUGAGCAAUUAAGGAAGGAUUUAUAAUAUCUACAGAAAGAUUAGAUCAGUUUCAGAUUGUGUACAGAAAUUCUUUCCUCAAGUUAAUUUAUUGAGAAAAAUAAAGCUGCUGG